AUGGCUCCCGGUUCUCGGCGCACGAAAUUAUCUGGAUCCCUUCCACCCUCUAGAACGCUUGUUGUUGAUAAUGGCUCGUACACGCUCAAGGCAGGAUUCUCUUCACCAUCUUCACUAUUGACCGAAACUUCGACAUCUGCGUCUACGCCCAGCAUCAUCCCGAAUUGCCUCGCGCGAGACCGAGAAAAGAAUGUUUAUAUCGGGUCCCAGCUAUCGUCUUGCAAAGACUUUGGCGAUAUCGUGUUUCGCCGGCCGAUGGAGAAGGGCUACAUUGUCAACUGGGAGGCUGAGAAAGAGAUCUGGGAGCAUGAGUUCUUCGAUGCGAAGGCCAAGCUACACUGUGACCCCAAAGAAACCGGCUUGAUACUUACCGAGGCCCCAAAUGCUCUGCCAGUGCUGCAAGGACAUUGCGACCAGAUGGUGUUUGAAGAGUUCGGGUUUGCCAGAUAUCUACGGACGAACGGUGCCACUCUGAACGCGUACAAUGAUAUCCAAUCCUCCUUCAAAGCACCAGCGCCAGCCGCAGAGAUCGUAUCCACCCCACCCGCCGAGAUCCUUAUGCUCAUCGACUCUUCCUACUCGCACACGACUAUCACUCCCCUUCUCCUUGGGCGGCCUCUACAAAAGUCUGUCCGGCGCCUUGAGGUUGGAGGGAAGCUGCUCACAAACUACCUGACCAGGCUGAUCAACGUCAGGCAGUACGAUAUGAAAGAGGAGACCUACCUGGUCAACGAAAUCAAGGAGGCCACGCUCUACGUAUCGAAUGACUUCAGAAAGGAUAUGGAGCGAACAUGGAAAGGGCCGAAAGGGGACAGGCGACCUGUAUUUGAAUCGGGGGAAGGGAUCGCAAAGGAUUAUGUCCUGCCAGAUUAUCACGCCAAGAAAGCGGGCUUUGUUCGGGACCAUGAUCCGACUGCUGCUACGAAAUUGAAGGAGUUGACGAAGGGAAAAUCCUUAGGGGCAUCUGAGGAUGUUUUGACAUUGAGGAAUGAACGAUUCACGGUGCCAGAGUUGCUCUUCAACCCCUCUGAUAUUGGAUUACGACAAAGCGGUAUUGCUCAGCAGGUGAUGGACAGCUUGUCCAGCAUCCCGAUGGGGUUAUGGCCUGGAUUCUUGGCCAACAUCUUUGUUGUGGGCGGGAAUUCCAAUAUCCAUGGCUUCGUCCCGAGACUACAGACGGAGAUUCGAGCGUUGGCCCCGGCUGAGUGCAUCGUGAGGGUUGCGAAACCUGCAGAUCCGGUCACCAGUACGUGGCAAGGAGGUGCGAAUCUCGCAAAGAACGAAGAGGCUUUGCGAAAUCUGAGCGUCACGAAAGAGGAGUACGAGGAAUAUGGUGGCGCGUGGGUCGCCCGGAGAUUUGGAGGGCGAUAG